AUGAGGCCUGACGGGUUGAAUUCUGAUGCCUUGUGGGCCUUGAGUGGGCUUGUUUGGUCCAAAUUGCCUGGAAGUCGGAUUGUUACAAUGAUGAAUUGCAGGUCUCUUGACCAAAGUAAACAAAAACAAUCAAAGUUGGAUAAGUGCAGAGGCUCUCAGGAUCCAAAGCGAGAGCACGAGUGCGGGCGCCCGUUAGGGUUGCAGUUCAACGAGAGAACAGGGGAACUCUAUGUGGCUGAUGCAUAUCUAGGGCUACGGGUGGUGGGUGAUCCGGAUGGCGAGGGGAAGGAUAAGAGCAAUGCAACCAGGCCAAUUGCAACACAAGCCCAGGGCCUUCCAUUUCGCUUCACCAAUAGCCUUGAUAUUGAUCAGGAUAGUGGGGUCAUCUACUUCACAGACAGCAGCACCCGCUUUCAAAGAAGGGAAUUCAUGUCAGCAGUAAUAUCAAGGGAUAAAACAGGGAGGUUGAUGAAGUACGAUCCCAAGAAGAAAGAAGAAAUCCAAGUCCUGGCAGACAGUUUAUCCUUCCCCAAUGGUUUGGCACUAAGUAAAAAUGGCUCCUUCCUCCUCAUAGCAGAGACCACCACUUGCAGGAUCUUAAGAUACUGGCUUCGUAAACCCCAUGCGGCAACCCCGACCCUCGAAGUGGUCGCCCAACUCCCAGGGUUCCCAGAUAACAUAAAGCGAAUUCCACGAGAAGGCGGCGGCGGCGGCUUUUGGUUGGCCCUCCACUCCAAGAGGGGGAGGCUUCUCCGAUGGGCUCUCUCUCUUCCUUGGCUUAGGGAGGUGCUUCUUCGAGUGCCCUUCAAUCUUCAGAAGGCGACCGUGCUGUUGAGCAAGCUGAGCCCUCGAGUCCAAGUGAUUGCACUGAGGGUGAGUGAGGAGGGUGAGAUUGUGGGAGCGCUGCAAUACCAAGGGAGGAAUCUGAGGUUUGUUAGUGAAGUGAAAGAGAGCGAUGGAAAGUUGUGGAUUGGGUCUGUUGUUUUGCCUUUUCUUGGCGUUCAUAGCCUCCGGGGCACUUGAUGAAUAUACGUGGUCAACUCGAUCUAGGGGUCAUUAAUUGAGUACGUAUCACUUCCUCGCUAUAUAUAGUUUUGUCUAAAAAAAAUCAUUCACAAACAAAUAUGGUUUUGAGUCUAGCUAUUUAAGGUCGGUUGUACGGACUCUUUUGUCUUGAUAUAUACAUAUAUUGUACAAUUAUUUAUUAGGGUUAAUUAGUUGUAUGGACUCUUUUGUUUUAAUUUGAUAUAUACAUAUAUUGUGGAUUAA